GCCAUAUUUCCUAGGAGAAGAAGAAGGCAUUGAAUGUCAGUGGUGCUCGGAUUACACUAAAGUCGGUCAAUAACUUCGGAACCCUGCACAAAGCGUUUAAGUGACCACAAGUGAUCAAGAUGUACCUCUUGUUGUUUACCCCCUUGCCAACUGAUCUUAAGCUUGGGAUGCCACGCUAGUUUAGUUGACCGGUUUAAUGACUCGAACUUAAUUUGCGCCCUCGGAGAGAGGAAAGUAGCCAGCAAAAAAUGCAAGCCGAAAAAUAUGCGAAACAACCAGGCAGACAACACCCAACGGCAAAAACUCGGCCUGGAGAGAAAGAGGCAGUGGCAGCGACGCGUCUGGGGGCUUACAAUGGCGGUCGCAAUACUAGUGGCGCUUGUAAAAAGUAACAUCAAAACACCAAAAAUGGUGUAACUGCAAAAUAUACUGCAAUAAUAUUUUGAAAAAUAAAUUGUUGCACCCUUUUUGGAGAUCUUAGAAACUUUGAUCACUAAUUGAGUCAGUUAGCAUAUUUAUG